UAGACUUCAUGCAAUCCUUCAAUUGUAAGCUUGUCAAAGAAAGAGACUAGUCAAUUCGGCUAGUGAUCCUGAAUAUAAAAACUGUGUAGGAUCUAACAAGCCUCUUCUUCCUAUUACAAACUUUACCUAAACUGUGCCAUGUAUACCUAACAAGUGCCGUCGUAUUGGGAAACUAAAACAGAGCAUUAUAAAUUUGUUACGUACAUUUGUUAACUACAAUGUUAAUAGAAAAUAUAUAUUUCACAUCAAACAUAAUCAAUCAACCAGCACCUUUCAGCUAUAGUAACUUCUCUACGUCUUAAAACACCACCUCUGAAACCGAGCCCCUUUCCCGAAAUACCAUAAAUAUCCUGUCUUUCCCAAUAUAUCUUCCGUUUUUUCACCGUGUAGUCGUGGGAAUAUUCCUAUAGCUCAGUUCCUAGAGCUUAAUAUUUUAGCAAGUCAAUGUUGGCAGGUGUGGUGUUACCCCAAAAUCAAUUAAGUAAUUAUGAGGUCAGCGAAGGGUGUCUCAUGCGAAUUUAAUAGGACACCUUUGAUGAGAACUAUAUAAGCCGAAGACCUAUUGCGUCGGCCGAUAAAACCGCUGAAUCAUGCUGUUCCGCAAACGUAAACCUAAGAGUGACGAUGAAGUCAUAACUUUCGACGAACUUACCCGGUUUCCGAUCACUUUCUACAAGACCAUCGGCGAGGAUCUGUACUCCGACAGGGAUCCCAACGUGAUAAGGCGUUACCUGCUAAGGUUUUAUCUGGUGCUUGGGUUCCUCAACUUCAAUGCCUAUGUAGUGGGGGAAAUCGCGUACUUCAUAGUCCACAUCAUGUCGACGACUACUCUUUUGGAGGCCACUGCAGUGGCACCUUGCAUUGGCUUCAGCUUCAUGGCCGACUUUAAGCAGUUUGGGCUGACAGUGAAUAGAAAACGAUUGGUCAGGUUGCUCGAUGAUCUAAAGGAGAUCUUUCCCCUAGAUGUGGAGGCGCAGCGAAAGUAUAACGUAUCGUUCUACAGGACACACAUGAAUAGGGUCAUGACCCUAUUCACCAUCCUCUGCAUGACGUACACCUCGUCAUUUAGCUUUUAUCCAGCCAUCAAGUCGACCAUUAAGUACUACCUCAUGGGCUCUGAGAUUUUUGAGCGCAACUACGGCUUCCACAUUUUGUUUCCCUACGAUGCAGAAACGGAUCUGACGGUCUACUGGUUUUCCUACUGGGGAUUGGCACAUUGCGCCUAUGUGGCCGGAGUUUCCUACGUCUGCGUGGAUCUCGUGCUGAUCGCAACCAUAACCCAGCUGACCAUGCACUUUAACUUUAUUGCGAAUGAUUUGGAGGCCUACGAAGGAGGCGAUCAUACGGACGAAGAAAAUAUCAAAUACCUCCAAAAUUUGGUGGUCUAUCAUGCCAGGGCUCUGGACCUUAGCGAGGAGGUUAACAACAUAUUUAGCUUCCUGAUCCUCUGGAACUUUAUUGCCGCCUCGCUGGUGAUUUGCUUCGCUGGCUUUCAGAUAACAGCCUCCAAUGUGGAGGACAUUGUGUUGUACUUCAUAUUUUUCUCGGCCUCGUUAGUUCAAGUUUUUGUGGUCUGUUACUAUGGCGAUGAAAUGAUCUCUUCAAGCUCUCGUAUUGGCCAUUCCGCCUUCAAUCAGAACUGGUUGCCGUGCAGCACCAAGUACAAACGCAUCCUGCAAUUUAUUAUCGCGCGCAGCCAGAAGCCGGCCUCUAUAAGACCGCCUACCUUUCCACCAAUAUCAUUUAAUACCUUUAUGAAGGUAAUCAGCAUGUCGUAUCAGUUUUUUGCACUGCUCCGCACCACUUAUUAUGGUUAAAGGAAGAUUACAUACAUAUACAGUAUGUACAUAUGUAUGUCACCAUAUUGAUAGCAGCAUUCAGGAAGGUUGACAAAAAAUACAUAUUUGCAACUACCAACGUACAUACAAAUACUAUAACAUAAAGGUUUUUAAUGUUCAGAUUAUGAUCUUUAAGAAAAUCCUAAAAAAACACCGACAAUUAAUUAAUUUAAAAAAUUCAAACAAAUUUAAGAUAACAAAAUAUAAAAUUGUCUUCAAAAAGUUAUGUUAAGACCUAACAGAUGUUACUGUAGGCAUACUUGAUUAAUUAAUACAUGCUUUUGAGCUGUAACAUAAAGUCUCCAUUAGGAGACCAGAAUCGCUGCAGAAUAGUUUGCAUACUUUGCGGAUUAGGCAUAAAAAACGACCUAAAAUACUUGAAAUAAAAUGCCUUGUUUAUUCGCAAAAACA